ACACUGUCUUCUAGAAACUGGAUUAUAAUUUGAUAAUAUGCUAGAAAUGCAUCACACUGAUGUGAAUCAGUCGGGACUUAUGGCUUUUCCUAUGUGUAAUGGAGCAAUAUGGAACAGAAAUAUCGAGGAAUAUAGGGGAACAGGAGAUUCUGGGCGCAGCGAAACUAGAGACUUUCAAAUUGCAAUCCCUUCUCCUAAGGAAAAUGUAACCAAACCACCGUCCAAAAAGUCGUCUUUUAUGAUAAGUGACAUUUUAUCUAAAGAUGAUAAAGAUAUCAAAAGAAGUCCUUCAGGAUCUGAGCCAUUGUACAGACACGACAAUGAGGAUUCGAUCCAUUCACCUUGUUCAGAUCGGAGCUGUUCACCUCAGCUUGAUAAAGAAUCAAAACCCGAAGUGUUUGAAGAAUCUGGGCCACAUUAUAGCACUUAUGGGAAUAUCAAUUCAUGCAAGAUAAAGAAACAACGAAAGGCACGAACUGCUUUUACAGACCAACAGCUCCACAGCUUAGAGAAACAUUUUUCCAGACAAAAAUAUCUCAGUGUUCAGGAUAGGAUGGAACUCGCUACAAAACUGGGUCUUUCAGAUACUCAAGUUAAAACCUGGUAUCAGAAUAGAAGAACAAAAUGGAAGCGACAAACAUCAGUUAGUCUAGAACUUCUAGCGGAAGCAGGAAGCAUUGCAAGUGCUCACAGGCUGAUGGGGUCCUAUAUACAUCCCUACCCCGAACCUGCCGUGCAGCUGACUGAAUUCUACAGACAGAACACACAUUUAGUGAUACCUAGACCCGUGAUUCCUCCCCUGUAUAGCUACUGAGACACGAUUACUUUGCUUCAUAGCUACUAAAACAUAAUAAUAAACUUAAUUCAUGUAUCAUAUAUAAUGCAUUCAUGUAUAAUUCAUUUGAGAAAUUUUUGUUUUACAUCUAAUUACAGACUAUUAAAAAUACUAU